ACCCCACUUUUUAAUGGCGAACACCAGAGUGCAAACGUGUGACAUCUAGAAUUUUCUAUUCUCGUUGCUUUCAUUCGGUUUAUUUCCCCUCCCGGAUAUAAUUUCACAUAUCGUUUCUUUGAAGAACCGAUUUCCCUUCCGUGUCAAUUUAGUGCACGAAGAACGAAGAGUUUUCGGAUUAUUUGUGGCCACGCGGUGACGAUUUUCAGUUGAAGACCUCAUCGUCGUUCUACACGUAUUUUGUAUACGUUUUUAAUUUUUGUUUUCUCGCCGGAGACCAAAUCGUCGUCCUUGCGGGCGCAAACGUUUUAUAUGACUUUAGUAAAAUACAAAGAGACAUCAUUAAUCAGAGGCAUCGUUGGGAGCGCUGGGCCUGGGCAGAAGACGGAGGGGUGCAUGAGUUCACAGAGACAACCUGUUACAUGUUAUAGGAAAACAAAAUUUUCAUCUAAUAGGCAUCGGAAGCUACAACCGUUCAGAGAAACGUGACUGGAGACAAAGAAAGGUUUAAAAUUGACACCAGCGUCAUCGUGCAAGAAUCAUUCGGUCCGAAAGCAGCAGCACCAUCAUCAGCGGCGCAAGCGGCUGAUUUUAUUUCACCAUCCUUUCUCAGUUCCGGAACCGACGACGACGACGUCCACAACAACAACAACGACGACCACCAGCCGUCAUCAUUGCUCCAUCACCACCAUAGGCUCAAGAAACAAAAAUAAUCAACAAAACACCUGUUGUAACUUGCAUUUUUAUUAACAGCCACUAAUUUUUUUAAUACAUUUGAAACAAUGGGUACCGUAAAUGUCAAUAGGGAAGUCAAAGAUGUCUUUUAUCGGUAUAAAAUGCCACAGCUCAUGGCCAAAGUUGAAGGAAAAGGGAAUGGAAUCAAAACGGUUAUUGUUAAUAUGGCGGAGGUUGCUAAAGCUUUAGGAAGACCACCCACUUAUCCUACAAAAUACUUUGGUUGUGAACUUGGAGCUCAAACCCAAUUUGAUUUUAAAAACGAAAGAUUUAUCGUUAAUGGGUCACAUGAUGCUGUUAAAUUACAAGGGUUACUUGAUGGGUUUAUUCGUAAAUUUGUUUUAUGUCCGGAAUGUGACAACCCAGAAACGGAUUUAAUGGUUUCAGCAAAACGUGGGGCGAUUUCUCAAAGUUGCAAAGCUUGCGGUUAUCACGGUCAAAUCGAUUCCACUCACAAAUUGAUUACUUUCAUAUUAAAAAAUCCACCAAAUUUGAAUCCAGCCGUUCAAGGAUCUUCUUUAACCGAAGGUAAACGAUCGAAACGCAGCAAACGCACCAACGGUGAUGCGAAUGGUGAAGGUAAAGAUGGAGAAAAUGAUUCCGCCGAUCAUGGUGGUCCAGAUGCCGCUUCACCAACAGCAGCCGGCAAUAAUACCGCAAUCAAGAACAACGAUGAAGACGAAGGCACGAAAUGGUCUGCGGAUAUUUCUGAGGAAGCUGUUCGAGCUAGAAUGCAAGAUUUAACUGAUGGUGUUAAGAAUAUGACCAUCAAUGAUGAUUUGGAAAAGUCUGAGAAGGAAAGAAUGAAUAUUUUGUAUGAAAUGGUUAAGAAUAAACGUGAUGCUGGGGUUUUGGAUAACACACAAGUACAAAAGGAUAUUGUAACAGAAGCCGAACGUUUAGAAAUCAAGCCAAAAGCACCAUUAAUCCUCGCCGAAUUAUUAUUCGACCAAAACAUCUUGGCACAAAUUAAAAAGCACCGUGUGUUCCUGUUGCGUUUCACUGUCAACGACAAAAAAGCCCAAAAAUAUUUGAUGGGCGGUUUGGAGCAACUUAUCGCACUUCACCAGGACGCGCUCGUUCCAAAAGUGGCUCUAAUCUUCAAGGUUUUAUAUGAUUUGGAUGUAUUGAAUGAAGCUACAUUUAUGGAAUGGGCCGAAAAGGUAUCUAAAAAAUAUGUCUCAAAGGAAGUUUCACAAGAAAUCCAUAACAAAGCGGCGCCGUUUAUUAAAUGGUUACAAGAGGCUGAAUCUGAAAGUGAAGAGGAAACGGAAACGGAAAGUGACGUUGAAAUUGAGUACAAUGAUCGAGUUCCGUUAAAACCAACGGCGACAGCAACGCCAAAACCAAAAGUAGUAGUUGAAGAUGAAGGCGAAGAUGAUGUUGAUAUUGAUGCUAUUUAAAACAUAAAAAAGGGUAAUUAUAAUGAUUUAAAAAAGGGGAGGUGUCGUCGUGGAACACAGGGUUUUCUUUUUUCUAUAGACAGAGGGCGUUAAGUGUCAUUAUCCGUUUUCUUUCCUUCCUUUUUCUUUCUCCGUUUAUUUUUUACUAUUUUUGUCGUUUUCUUCUUUUUGAAUAAGAUAAGAGUAUUUAUCAUAAUCUUUUUGAAGUCUCCCUGCCGCCCCAAAAACAGCUAAGAAAA